AUGGGAAACGUGGGCAGAUUCUUUUGUGUGGCUUUGCCAUUUAUACUCACAACCGCUAGCAUCAUCUGCAUGCUUAUUGUUGGUUUGACUGGAGUCACGGGCAAUUCGAGCCUGUACAUCUUCCGUGCAAACGUCACGGAUCUCAGCAUUAGUUCCAGCUUGGUCACAUCACUUCUCUCGCGGGAUCUCCACGAACUCCAAGCUCGUCAGGGAGACUCAUCAAGCUCGACAAGCAGCAGCUGGCACGAUGCUUCGUCCCUAGGUUCGUCUACUGCAAGCUCUGUUUCGUCCAGCGCCAGUGCCGCCGCCGCCAGCGCCAUCUCUAGCGCUCUUGGUGGCAGCUCGACCAGCAGCAACAUUACUGCCACUGACCUCGGACUCGACGAUCUCUACGAUGUCAACCUAUGGGGAUACUGCUCAACCGACUCUGACGGCAACCGGGACUGCACCAAGGCCAAGUUCAACUGGGCCGAGUCAACCUUCAACGACAGCUACCUAUCUACUUCCGGUUACAAUGUUACUCUUCCCGAUGAGAUUUCCGAUGCCUUGACUGCCUUCAAGACCGUCACCAAGUGGACCGAGGUUGUCUACAUCAUUACCAUGGUCGCCCUGGGUCUUGAGCUGGUUCUGGGUUUCUUCACAUACUGCAGCCGCGCCGUCUCCUGCGUCACCUACCUUGUCAGCGGUAUUGCCACCACCGCCGUUUGCGCCACCGCCGGUAUGGUCACUGCCUUGGCUGUCAUUGUUGUCGGUGCUAUCGAAGGUACCGCCAAGGCCUACGGUGUCACUGGCACCAUCAACAAGAACUUCCUGGCCGCUGCCUGGCUGGGAGCUGCCUUUGCUAUUGCCGCCUCUCUGUUCUGGCUAUUCAGUGCCUGCUGCUGCAAGCGCGACCCCAAGCAACGUCGCAGCAAGCAGGGUGACGAGAAGCCUUUCCUCUCCACCGGUGCCUACGCUCCCAUCCACGACCACCAGAACAACAACCACAGCUACAACCAGCAGGCUUGGGCUCCUCGCGGCAACAACGCCCGCUCGGAUCUGGCCUACGAGCCCUACUCUCACUCUCACUCUAACCACGUCUAA